AUGAAUAGUCCAAUUCCAUAUGCUAUUAAGCUUAAAACCGCUCUUAAGAUGUGCAUUCAAAGGCUGCGGUACGCACAAGAAAAACAGCAGUCUCUGGCAAAGAAAUCUCGAAGAGACGUAGCUCAAUUGUUGGCUGAGGGAAAGGAACAAAAAGCUCAUUACAGGAUUGAAAGUCUGAUCAACGACGACGUACAUGAAGAGCUUUUGGAAAUAUUGGAACUUUACUGCGAGCUGCUACAUGCUAGGAUUGCUUUAUUGAAUAAUGUGGCGGACGAAGCGGACCUAAUAGAGAACCACGUUGAUGACGGAAUAAAUGAAGCGGUGAGAGCUGUCAUUUAUGCGGUACUACAUGCCUCAGAAAUUAAGGAACUCCAGCAGGUGAAGGAAUUGCUAGCCUUCAAGUUCGGUCUGGAUUUUCUUCGAGCGAUACUCGACGACAGAAUUGGCGUUCCGGACAAAGUCCUCAAGAAGUGCAGCCCUAAUUUGCCGACUGAGGAUUUGGUCACUUUAUAUCUCAGGGAAAUUGCCUUAGCUUACGAAGUUCCCUAUAGCAAGGCACUAGACACACUCGAAGACGAUAAUUCAGAGGACGAAAAAGUUUCAUCACCCAUUGAAUCAGGUUCUGAUGACGGCAAACCAAUAGUGGCCGUCGAAAGUGGUUUUUUAGAUGACUCAAAGCAUCCAAUAACUGUUAAAAAGCCUCGAAAAAACAGUGACAAUAUGGGAGUAGGUCUCAAAGUCCCACAAGACAUCAAGAAGGACAUUCGGGUAAAGCCUGCAAAAGAAAAUGGUAAUGAUACAGAUCUUGACGAACUGAAGAAGAGGUUUGCAGCCUUGCGAAGGUAG